GCCUUCCAAAGCCUGAUGAGACAAGUGACCUUCAUAAUCUCCUGUUAUAGGACAACCAUAAUUACCAAGUUUUCCACAGAGGAUUCAAUGCCCAAAAGCCAGUGCCGUUGUGUAUUUUAACCAGUGUUCAAGAAUUCAGGUGCAGAAGCAAAAGAGUUGGAUACAAUGUUGAAUCGAACCCAGUGCCUCACACAUGCCAGGAGAUACUCCUAACAUUAAGAGCCAUGGAGGAGUUCUGUCAUCAUGAUGCCUGCUCACAGGGGUUUUGCCUUCAUACUUGAUACUGAACAUGCAGCCUCUCAAGUAUUAACAUGGAAGAUAAUGGCACACAUCACCCCAUUUCAUCUUUCUUCCUCGUUGGUAUUCCUGGCUUGCAAGAGUUUCAUUGCUGGAUCGGCAUCCCUGUCUUCCUCCUGUUUGCCCUGACCCUGCUGGGGAACAGCAUCAUCAUUGCUACUGUUAAGCUAGAGCCAAGCCUCCACCAGCCUAUGUAUUUCUUCCUUUGCAUGCUGGCAGUGAAUGACAUGGCUCUUUCCUCUUCCACAGCCCCCAAGAUGCUUAGCAUCUUCUGGUUUAAUGAUCACAGGGUUGGCUUUAACAUAUGCCUAACACAAAUGUAUUUUAUUCACACACUCUGCAUUAUUGAAUCAGCUCUCCUACUUGCCAUGGCUUUUGAUCGCUAUGUGGCUAUUUGCAUCCCAUUGCAUUACACAACCAUCCUAACAACAUCUAAAAUCAUUAAAAUGGGCCUAGUUGGUGUCAGCCGAGCUAUACUCAUGGUUCUGCCCUGUCCUCUUCUUAUUAAGAGGCUGCCAUACUAUACAAAUUAUAUCAUCAAUCAUGCCUACUGUGAGCACAUGGCUGUGGUGAAGUUGGCCAAUGCCAACACCCUCAUUAACAGAGCAUAUGGCAUUUCUGUGGCCCUUUCAGUGAUGAUAUUGGACCUGGGGCUCAUAGCCACAUCCUAUAUCAAAAUUCUCCAGGCAGUCUUCCGGCUGUCUUCCCAGAAUGCCCGCUCCAAAGCCCUGGGCACCUGUGCCGCCCACGUUUGCACUAUCCUUGUCUCCUACACACCUGCACUGUUCAGCUUCUUAACUCAUCGCAUAGGCAAGAAGGUUCCUCCAAGCGUCCAUAUAAUCUUUGCAAGUCUAUACCUUCUGGUACCUCCCACAGUCAAUCCCCUGGUGUAUGGAAUCAAAACCAAGCAGAUUCGGGAUCGGGUGGUGGGUCUCUUCUUCCCAAAUAAGAAAAUUUCUGAACAUUAA